ACCCAACUAAAGCUCGAACCGUCGUCUCCAUUAUUCCCCUGAUCAAAUUCAUCAUAGAAAAGCCCUAGAAACCGAAAACCAGAGAGGGGUCAGAGAAAUUCAAACCUGAAAAUUGUAUCAACAGAAAUUGUGAAAACUCCGGUGGUAUAGAUACAAUCACUCUCUCUCUCUCUCUGUGAUUAUAUAUACAUAUAUAUAUAUAUAUGUAUGUAUUUGUAUCGGUAUUAUUAUAUGAGGAAUUGAAGAAGAAGUGUAAAGAUGAGUAUAGUGCCGAAGGAGACAAUAGAAGUAAUUGCUCAGAGCAUAGGCAUUAACAAUUUAGACCCCGAUCUCUUGCCCGCUCUCGCCUCUGAUGUCGAGUACCGUGUUCGCGAGAUCAUGCAGGAAGCUAUCAAAUGCAUGAGGCAUUCGAAGCGAACCACUUUGACUGCCGACGAUGUGGAUAGUGCAUUUAACUUACGAAAUGUGGAGCCAAUCUAUGGUUUUGCGUCUGGAGAUCCUUUGAGGUUCAAAAGAGCUACGGGGCAUAAAGAUUUAUUUUAUGUUGAUGACAAGGGUUUGGAGUUUAAAGAUGUGAUUGAAGCGCCUUUACCAAAGGCACCCUUAGAUACGGCUGUUGUUGCUCACUGGUUGGCUAUUGAUGGAGUACAACCCGCUAUUCCAGAAAAUGCUCCAAUUGAAGCACUUGCAGUGCCUUCUGAUAUCAAGAAGUCUGAAUACAAAGAAGAUGGGAUUUCUGUGGACAUUAAAUUACCAGUUAAGCAUGUACUGUCUCGGGAGCUUCAGCUUUACUUUGAGAAAAUCACAGAACUUACUGUGACUAGAUCUAACUCCAUUCUGUUUAAAGAAGCAUUAGUGAGCUUGGCAACUGACUCAGGGCUCCAUCCUUUAGUUCCCUAUUUUACAUAUUUUGUUGCUGAUGAGGUUUCUCAGAAUUUGAGUAAUUAUCAUCUCCUUUUUGCUUUGAUGCGAAUUGUCUGGAGCCUUCUUCGAAAUCCACACUUGCACAUUGAACCAUAUUUGCAUCAAUUGAUGCCAUCUGUAAUAACCUGCCUUGUUGCGAAAAGGUUGGGAAAUAAAAUUUCUGACAAUCACUGGGAACUUAGAAACGUUGCGGCUAACCUGGUUGCUUCAGUAUGCAAGAGAUAUGGCCAUGUUUACCACAAUCUCCAGCCACGCUUGACAAGGACUUUGCUCCAUGCUUUCUUGGACCCAACAAAGGCAUUGCCUCAACAUUAUGGUGCAGUUCAGGGGCUAGCCGCCCUUGGACCCAGUGUGGUUCGUCUGCUUGUGCUUCCGAAUCUUGAGCCUUAUUUGCAACUUCUUGAGCCAGAAAUGCAACUUGAAAAGCAAAAGAAUGGGAUGAAGAGGCAUGAAGCUUGGCGUGUGUAUGGGGCAUUAAUGCGUGCUGCUGGUAUGUGUAUGUAUGAACGGCUCAAGAUGCUUCCCAGUCUGCUCUCUCCGCCUACACGUGCCUUCUGGAAGAGCAAUGGAAAAGUCAUGACUUCAAGGCCAAGUAUGAUUUCUGUUUGCUUGUUUCCUUCUGUUAUACACAAUUGCUAGAAGCUGUCCAUUAACAUUUACAUUGCUAUACUGCCACAUUACUGUAUCUUCUAGUUCUGAGAUCCAUCUUGGAAGCUAAUAUCAAGGAACGUAUUAUGGGAUGCGAGUGUCAUUUGCAUGUGUGAGCUUGUGCUUUUAAGUUUUCAUAAGACUAAUCACUUUUGAACUCUCUUGAUUAUCUCAGGCCAAUGUAUGUAAAAUUUUCAAGUUACUUGGUGGGGGAAUGAUUAUCCUUGAUGUCUGUUUGCGUUUGUAGAUUUUCUUGCAUCAGCAUGAUGUCUAGUAGUAUUUUGAUUUUCACAAUUUGGAUUGUCAACGCACUCUCAUCCUUCUGCUCCUUUUCAAAUGUAUCAAGAUAAGCGUAAAGCAAGCAUGGACAACAUGAUGCAGCAGCCACCGCUCAAGAAACUAGCAACUGAUGGUUCCAGGGGUGCAAUGCCAUCAAACCCAUUGCCAGCAGAAAUGCAAGGAUCAACUGGUGGAUAUGGCACAAAUCUGGGGGGUGCUACUGUGGGUUUAUCAUCAAUGCCACGGCCAUUAUUGACUGAGAAUUUGUCAGGAAGCAGUGGCAGAAUGGAGAUGGUUGGUAGCCAAGCUCUUAAGAUGUCAGGUGUCUUGGCUCAGUCAUGGAAGGAUGACAUUAAUGCCGGGCAUAUGUUGCCAGCGCUAUGUGAAUAUUUUGGUGAAAGCAUGUUCUGCUUUGUACCUGCACCUGAGUUAUCAUUCUUCCUAUGAGUAUUGGGAGAAGUUAAUUGCUUCAGCUCAGGCUCGGAAGGAGGUGAUGGAUGCCACCUAUUUGCUGUUAUUACAAAUGGGAACUACAUCACAUUUAUUCUUCGAAAUACUAGUGUAAAUUAACAAGAUGCCAUAUGCAUAUACAUAUAAAUUAUCCGUAAUUGUUUGUACAAUCUUGUUUAAACAUUCAUAUAUGCUUUCAUAUUCCAAGUAUCACC